AGAGCCCGGAGCGGACUCCGGGACGCGCGGGGAGGCAGGCGGGCGGGCGGGGAUGGUGUGCGGGGCUGCGGCUCCUGCGUCCCUCCCCGCGGCGAGAGAGCGGCACUGAUUUGUCCCUGGGGCGGCAGCGCGGACCCGCCUGGAGAUGAGGCGUCCAUUAGCAAGGUGAAAGUAACAGAACCAUGGCUCAGUUUCCAGCACCUUUUGGUGGCAGCCUGGACAUCUGGGCCAUAACCGUAGAGGAGAGAGCGAAGCACGACCAGCAGUUCCACAGCUUAAAGCCGAUAUCGGGGUUUAUUACCGGUGAUCAAGCUAGAAACUUUUUUUUCCAAUCUGGGUUACCUCAGCCUGUUCUAGCGCAGAUAUGGGCCCUGGCCGACAUGAACAAUGACGGGAGGAUGGAUCAAGUGGAGUUCUCCAUCGCCAUGAAGCUCAUCAAACUGAAGCUGCAGGGGUACCAGCUGCCCGCCGCGCUGCCGCCGGUCAUGAAGCAGCAGCCCGUGGCCCUCUCGGGCGCGCCGGCGUUCGGUAUGGGAGGCAUCGCCAGCAUGCCGCCGCUCCCGGCCGUGGCUCCAGUGCCAAUGGGACCCAUCCCCGUGGUCGGGAUGUCCCCGCCCCUGGUCCCCUCCGUCCCUCCAGCAGCGGUGCCCCCCCUGGCCAACGGGGCCCCUGUCAUCCAGCCUCUGCCUGCAUUUGCUCAUCCUGCAGCCACAUUGCCAAAGAGUUCUUCUUUUAGUAGGUCUGGCCCAGGGCCACAGUCCAGCACCAAGCUGCAGAAGGCACAGUCGUUCGACGUGGCCGGGGCCCCCCCGCUGGCAGAAUGGGCCGUUCCGCAGUCGUCCCGGCUGAAGUACAGGCAGCUCUUCAACAGCCACGACAAAACCAUGAGCGGACACUUAACAGGUCCCCAGGCGAGGACGAUCCUCAUGCAAUCAAGCUUACCGCAGGCACAGCUGGCGUCAAUAUGGAAUCUUUCUGACAUUGAUCAAGAUGGGAAACUCACGGCGGAGGAGUUUAUCCUCGCGAUGCACCUCAUUGACGUGGCGAUGUCCGGCCAACCACUGCCGCCGGUCCUGCCCCCGGAGUACAUUCCGCCUUCCUUUAGGAGAGUCCGGUCGGGCAGUGGCGUGUCCGUCAUAAGCUCGGCCUCGGCGGACCAGAGGCUCCCGGAGGAGCCGGUUUUAGAGGAAGAGCAGCAACUGGAGAAGAAAUUGCCGGUCACAUUUGAGGAUAAGAAGCGCGAGAACUUCGAGCGCGGCAAUCUGGAACUGGAGAAGCGGAGGCAGGCGCUCUUGGAGCAGCAGCGGAAGGAGCAGGAGCGCCUGGCCCAGCUGGAGCGCCAGGAGCAGGAGCGCAAGGAGCGCGAGCGCCAGGAGCAGGAGCGCAAGCGGCAGCUGGAGCUGGAGAAGCAGCUGGAGAAGCAGCGGGAGCUGGAGCGGCAGCGGGAGGAGGAGCGGCGCAAGGAGGUGGAGCGGCGCGAGGCUGCAAAACGAGAACUCGAGCGGCAGCGGCAGCUCGAAUGGGAACGGAAUCGGAGACAAGAGCUAUUAAACCAAAGAAACAAAGAGCAAGAAGACAUAGUUGUCCUGAAGGCAAAGAAGAAGACUUUGGAAUUUGAAUUAGAAGCUCUCAAUGAUAAAAAGCAUCAACUGGAAGGAAAACUUCAGGAUAUCAGGUGUCGACUGACCACCCAAAGGCAAGAAAUCGAGAGCACGAACAAGUCCAGAGAGUUGAGGAUUGCUGAGAUCACGCACCUGCAGCAGCAGUUACAGGAGUCCCAGCAGAUGCUUGGAAGGCUCAUUCCAGAAAAACAGAUACUCAGUGACCAGUUGAAGCAAGUUCAGCAAAACAGUUUGCACAGAGAUUCGCUUCUCACACUCAAGAGGGCCCUGGAGGCGAAAGAGCUAGCUCGUCAGCAGCUCCGAGACCAGCUGGACGAAGUCGAGAAGGAAACUAGAUCCAAACUGCAGGAGAUCGACAUUUUCAACAAUCAGCUGAAGGAACUGAGAGAAAUGCAUAACAAGCAGCAGUUCCAGAAGCAGAAGUCCAUGGAGGCGGAAAGGCUGAAACAGAAGGAACAGGAGCGGCGGAUCACGGAGCUGGAGAAGCAGAAGGAAGAGGCCCAGAGGCGAGCUCAGGAGAGGGACAGGCAGUGCCUGGAGCACGCGCAGCAGGAGGACGAGCACGCGCGGCCGAGGAGGCCGCACGAGGAGGAGAAGCUCCGAAGGGAGGAGAGCGCCCGGAAGAAGGACGGCGAGGACCGAGGCAGGCCGGAAGUGCAGGACAAGCUGGGCCGGCUCUUCCCGCAGCACCACGAGCCCGCGAAGCCGGCUGUGCACGCACCCUGGUCCACCGCAGAGAAAGGCCCGCUCACCAUCUCUGCCCAGGAGAACGUGAAGGUGGUGUACUACCGAGCACUGUAUCCCUUCGAGUCCAGAAGUCACGACGAGAUCACGAUCCAGCCGGGAGACAUAGUCAUGGUGGACGAGAGCCAGACUGGAGAGCCGGGAUGGCUGGGAGGAGAGCUGAAGGGGAAGACCGGGUGGUUUCCCGCGAACUACGCAGAGAAAAUCCCAGAAAACGAGGUUCCCGCUCCGGCCAAACCAGUGGCAGACCUGACCUCCACCCCCGCACCCAAGGUGGCCGUGCGGGAGACCCCUGCGCCUCCGGCGGUGACCUCUGCUGAGCCCUCCGCGACCCCCAACAACUGGGCCGACUUCAGCUCCACGUGGCCCGCCAGCACAAACGAGAAACCAGAAACCGACCACUGGGACGCCUGGGCGGCCCAGCCCUCGCUCACCGUGCCCAGCGCCGGCCAGCUGAGGCAGCGGUCCGCUUUCACUCCGGCCACGGCCACCGGCUCCUCCCCGUCCCCGGUCCUAGGCCAGGGCGAGAAGGUGGAGGGGCUCCAGGCGCAGGCCCUGUACCCCUGGAGAGCCAAGAAAGACAACCACUUGAAUUUCAACAAGAACGACGUCAUCACCGUCCUGGAACAGCAAGACAUGUGGUGGUUUGGAGAAGUUCAAGGUCAGAAGGGGUGGUUCCCCAAGUCCUACGUGAAGCUCAUCUCAGGGCCCGUGAGGAAAUCGACAAGCAUGGAUUCCGGCUCUUCCGAAAGCCCUGCCAGUCUGAAGAGGGUGGCUUCCCCAGCAGGCAAGCCGGCCGCCUCGGGAGAAGAAUUUAUUGCCAUGUACACUUACGAGAGCUCUGAGCAAGGCGAUUUGACCUUUCAGCAAGGGGAUGUGAUUCUGGUCACCAAGAAAGAUGGUGACUGGUGGACAGGAACGGUGGGCGACAAGUCCGGAGUCUUCCCUUCCAACUAUGUGAGGCUUAAGGAUGCAGAGGGCUCUGGAACUGCUGGGAAAACAGGGAGUUUAGGAAAAAAACCUGAGAUCGCCCAGGUCAUUGCCUCCUACACGGCCACCGGGCCCGAGCAGCUCACCCUGGCCCCCGGGCAGCUGAUUCUGAUCCGGAAAAAGAACCCAGGUGGAUGGUGGGAAGGAGAGCUGCAGGCACGUGGGAAAAAGCGCCAGAUAGGCUGGUUCCCUGCGAAUUACGUAAAACUCUUAAGCCCUGGAACAAGCAAAAUCACUCCAACCGAGCCGCCUAAGCCCGCGGUGUUCCCGGCAGUGUGCCAGGUGAUCGGGAUGUACGACUACACCGCCCAGAACGACGACGAGCUGGCCUUCAGCAAGGGCCAGAUCAUCAACGUCCUCAACCGGGAGGACCCCGACUGGUGGAAGGGAGAGGCCAGCGGACAGGUGGGGCUCUUCCCGUCCAACUACGUGAAGCUGACCACCGACACGGACCCGAGCCAGCAAUGGUGUUCAGACCUGCACCUCCUGGACAUGCUGACGCCGACGGAGAGGAAGCGGCAGGGCUACAUCCACGAGCUCAUCGUCACGGAGGAGAACUACGUGAACGACCUGCAGCUGGUCACCGAGAUCUUUCAGAAACCCCUGAUGGAGUCUGAGCUGCUGACAGAGAAAGAGGGUGCUAUGAUUUUUGUUAACUGGAAGGAGCUGAUCAUGUGUAAUAUCAAGCUGCUGAAAGCGCUGCGCGUCCGCAAGAAGAUGUCGGGGGAGAAGAUGCCGGUGAAGAUGAUCGGGGACAUCCUGACGGCGCAGCUGCCGCACAUGCAGCCCUACAUCCGCUUCUGCAGCUGCCAGCUCAACGGGGCCGCCCUGAUCCAGCAGAAGACCGACGAGGCGCCCGACUUCAAGGACUUCGUCAAAAGGCUGGCGAUGGACCCGCGGUGCAAAGGCAUGCCACUGUCCAGCUUCAUCCUGAAGCCCAUGCAGCGGGUGACGAGGUACCCCCUGAUCAUCAAAAACAUCCUGGAGAACACUCCUGAGAACCACCCGGACCACAGCCACCUGCGGCAGGCCCUGGAGAAGGCGGAGGAGCUGUGCUCGCAGGUGAACGAGGGGGUGCGGGAGAAGGAGAACUCGGACCGGCUGGAGUGGAUCCAGGCGCACGUGCAGUGCGAAGGCCUGUCGGAGCAACUCGUGUUCAAUUCCGUGACCAACUGCCUGGGGCCCCGCAAGUUCCUGCACAGCGGGAAGCUGUACAAGGCCAAGAGCAACAAGGAGCUGUACGGCUUCCUCUUCAACGACUUCCUGCUGCUGACCCAGAUCCUGAAGCCGCUGGGCUCCUCGGGCGCCGACAAGGUCUUCAGCCCCAAGUCCAACCUGCAGUACAAAAUGUACAAAACCCCUAUUUUCCUAAACGAGGUUCUGGUCAAGUUGCCCACCGACCCCUCUGGGGACGAGCCCAUCUUCCACAUCUCCCACAUCGACCGCGUCUACACCCUCCGGGCGGAGAGCAUAAAUGAGAGGACGGCCUGGGUGCAGAAGAUCAAAGCCGCUUCGGAGCUCUACAUAGAGACGGAGAAGAAGAAGCGGGAGAAGGCGUACCUGGUGCGCUCCCAGAGGGCCACGGGGAUCGGAAGGCUGAUGGUGAACGUGGUGGAGGGCGUGGAGCUGAAGCCCUGCCGGUCCCACGGGAAGAGCAACCCCUACUGCGAGGUGACCAUGGGGUCCCAGUGCCACAUCACCAAGACCAUCCAGGACACGCUGAACCCCAAGUGGAACUCCAACUGCCAGUUCUUCAUCCGGGACCUGGAGCAGGAGGUGCUCUGCAUCACUGUGUUCGAGAGGGACCAGUUCUCGCCGGACGAUUUCCUGGGUCGGACGGAGAUCCGCGUGGCCGACAUCAAGAAGGACCAGGGCUCCAAGGGCCCGGUGACCAAGUGUCUCCUGCUGCACGAGGUCCCCACGGGGGAGAUUGUGGUCCGCCUGGACCUUCAGCUCUUUGACGAGCCCUAGGGGGCCGCCCAGCACCAGCGCCCGGGGUCCCCACGCCCCGGGCUGGCGGGCGCCUGCCGGGCGUGGCAUCGCCUUUCUGAGACCUCCGUUGGGGUGAGCCCCAGGGCGGCGGGACAGCGAAGAAAGGCCCCUGACGACGCUAGGAGUUUCUCGACAAUCCGUCCCCCGAAACAGUCUCCCCUGUGAUGAAACGAAACUGUCUGCCCCUGUCUUCGCCGCAGUCCCUGACGGGUGUUGGGGACUCUGGCAUCUGACGGCCCCCAGCGCGGUUUGCUGGGGAGCCAGGCCCCCGUCCCCGGGCCCGAGGCACGGUUCUGGUUACUGUCAAAUAAUUUAUAAACACAG